AUAAAAAAAACCUCAUCAAGCAAUAUAGAAAAAUAGGCUUCUUUCUUUAGGGCGCCGUUUGGACACUGGGUGCUGCAAUAUUUCAUUUACACACAUGGAUUAAAACAACAGAUGGGCACAGUAGGUGUUCCACGAUAACCACGGACAGACCAUCCUCUCCCAGACGGAGCAAAGAAAGCUGCUGUUCUUGUGUAAAGGGGAAAACAAGAGUACGUCUGUACAUACAAGAAGAAUGAUUUGUUAACCGCUUGGGUGUGGUACACAUAUUUGUCCUAUCUUCAGUUGGUCUACUGGUUGUAGUCUGUCAGAAUGUACGGCAGCUCUCGCUCUGUGAGCAAAAUGGAUGGCAAUCACAGUGGGAGCCGGAACAGCCAGGGCAACUCAGGCCGAUCUCCCCGGCUGCCACGCUCACCCCGAAUGGGACACCGCCGCACCAACAGCAUGGGGGGCAGUGGCGGUGGGCCUGGUGGCCCUGGGGGCAAAACUCUUUCCAUGGAGAACAUCCAGUCCCUCAACGCUGCCUAUGCCACGUCUGGUCCCAUGUACAUGAGCGACAACGAGGUCGCGCUCGUCACCUCCUCCGACAUCCCGAAAAGUGGUAUGGCAACCGGACGCUUCGGUGGCAGCAUCCCAUAUGGCGUGCGUGGAACAGUCACCGGGAGCACGCCUGACAUGGCCAUGGUGCCUACUGUGUCCACAGACUCUAUGAGCUUUGGAGGAGAGCUCCAUACAGCAUCCACAGUGCCACAUUCAUUGCGCCAGGCCAGAGACAACACCAUCAUAGAGCUGCAGGCGCAGCUAAAAGAGGUGCUGAGGGAGAAUGAGCUCCUGAGGAAGGAGGUGGAGGUGAAAGAGAGCAAACUCAGCUCAUCCAUGAGCUCCAUCAAGACUUUCUGGAGCCCUGAGCUGAAGAAGGAGAGGGCGCUGCGCAAGGAUGAGGCUUCCAAGAUAGCAGUGUGGAAGGAACAAUAUCGUGCCAUUCAGGAUGAGACUCAGCACCUGCAGACCACAGUGCAGGCGCUGCAGGCUGAGUUGCGCAUCCAGCGUGACCUGAACCAGCUGCUCCAGCCACCAGGGGAGCCGCUCGCACUCGAGCCGGGUGAAGAGCAAGAAAGGCAGGCUCGCGAGCUUGUCCUGCUCCGCCGCACCAUUCAAGAGAUGGAGCUGCGGCUGGAGACGCAGAGGCAGACGCUGGUCGCACGUGACGACUCUGUCAAGAAGCUGCUGGAGAUGCUGCACAACAAAGGGCCAUCAAGCAAGUCCAGCGAGGAGGACCACGAGCUCACGUGCCGUCUAGCCGACGCAGAGAUGCAUGCACAUCACCUGGAGAACCUGCUGGAGCAGCGUGAUAAAGAGAUGGUGGCUAUGCGGGAAGAGCUGCAUCGGCGCCUUGAAGGGACGCCGGAGUCUACAAAAACCAAAGCUCUGCAAACUGUCAUUGAGAUGAAGGACUCACAGAUCAGCUCGCUGGAGCGAGGGCUGAGGGAGCUGGAGGACCAGGUCAUGAUGCUGCGCUCCAGUAAUAUGCUUACUUGCGAGGAGCGACAAGAGGAAGUCAAGCAAAUGGAGGUCUACCGCAACCACACCAAGUUCAUGAAGAACAAGAUGGACCAGGUGAAGCAGGACCUCUCUAGGAAGGACACCCAGCUCCUUGGCCUGCAGACCAAACUUGAGACACUUACCAAUCAGUUCUCUGAUAGCAAACAGCACAUUGAGGUGCUCAAAGAGUCCCUGACUGCCAAAGAACAGCGAGCUGCCAUCUUACAAACAGAGGUGGAUGCACUGAGGUUGCGUCUUGAAGAAAAGGAAACUCUGCUGAACAAAAAGAGCAAGCAGAUCCAAGACAUGUCCGAGGAGAAGAGUACACUCAACGGCGAGAUCCAUGACCUUAAAGACAUGUUAGAAGUCAAAGAGCGAAAAAUCAAUGUGCUACAGAAAAAGAUUGAGAUCUUGCAGGAGCAGCUGAGGGAUAAAGAGAAGCAGAUGAGCAGCUUGAGAGAAAGAGUGAAGUCUCUGCAGACUGAUACAUCCAACACAGAUACAGUUCUCAGCACCCUGGAGGACUCACUGGCUGAGAAGGAAAGAAUCAUUGAGCGGCUAAAGGAGCAGCGCGACCGGGAGGAGAGGGAGAAGGCCGAGGAGCUGGACAGCAGUAAGAGAGAGCUGAAAGAGCUUAAGGAGAAAGUGAGCUUGCUGCAGGGGGACCUUUCUGACAGAGAGAAUUCUUUGCUGGACCUUAAAGAGCAUGCGUCAUCCUUAGCCUCAUCUGGGCUAAAAAAAGACUCCAAACUGAAAACUCUGGAGAUUGCCCUUGAGCAAAGGAGGGAAGAGUGCUCUAAACUGGAGAACCAGCUAAAGAGGGCCCAGAACGCAGCUGUUGAGGCACAGGCCAACUCAGAGCUCUCCAAGAGAAUUGCCUCACUUGAAGCUGAUGUGGCCAGGCACAGAGAGGAGUCUGGGAAGGCCCAGGCUGAAGUUGACCGACUGCUGGAGAUCCUACGCCAGAUGGAGAACGAGAAGAACGACAAAGACAGGAAAAUCAAUGAGCUUGAGAGGCAGAUGAAGGAACAGGGCAAAAAGCCGCCUGGGAAACACAGGGAGCCGUCUGGCAAAGGGCGCAGCGCCAAUGACAGCCCACAGCAGGAGUCUUUGCGGCAGAAGGCAGAGCGCAUUGAGGAGCUGGAGGAGGCACUGAGGGAGAGCGUACAGAUGACUGCGGAGAGAGAGAUGGUGUUGGCACAGGAGGAGGCGGCACGGACUCACCAGGAGAAACAGAUGGAGGAGCUGCUCGGGGCAAUGGAGAAGGUGAAACAGGAGCUUGAGUCCAUGAAAGCCAAGAUGUCAUCCACCCAGCAGUCUCUGGCUGAGAAGGAGGCCCAUCUGACCACACUGAGAGCCGAGAGGAGGAGACAUCUGGAGGAAGUUCUGGAGAUGAAACAGGAGGCUUUGUUGGCUGCUAUUAGUGAGAAGGACGCUAACAUUGCCCUGUUGGAGCUGUCCUCGUCCAAAAAGAAAAAGACGCAUGAGGAAGUGGCGCAGCUACGGAGGGAGAAGGACCGUCUGGUGCAGCAGCUCAAACAGCAGACACAGAAUAGGAUGAAGCUCAUGGCGGAUAACUAUGACGAUGGCCAUCUGAAAACGCCCCCUGACCAGACUAACCACAAAGCUCCGAAAUCCCCUGAUCAGAUUAAAGCUGGGAAGAGAGCUGCAGUACACAGGAGCUCCACAUUAGCCACCUGACUACACCGUACAGCCAGAGAGGAG